AUGACGGGCAGCAAAGAUUCCAGGCCUUUAGCGGUAGACCCAAACUCUCAAAUAAAUCGGCCAGGCCUAGGUUCUGCUCAACAAACACCCUCCCAAUCAUAUUUCUCUUCCUCUCCCUCACCGCCACCAUCAUCCCCUCUUCCACCACCUCCAACCACUCAGAAAAGUGUCCCUUUCUUCGACCGAGCGAUGAGCAAUGCAUCUAAACGCCGAAAAAUUGUUGAUUGUGGCCGCCAGCAGCUCGAGAUUCAAUGGUCGGCUCACACAAACGGCGAACCAAUUCCUGCGUUUGAUUGCUCCUCCCUGAGUAUGGAUGAUUUCGUCCAGGAAUUUUCAAAUGAAAAUGCCAUUGAACGAUUCUCCGUAUGUGAUUGGGUAGACGACUCAAACGUCGUCCAUGCCCGUGUGGCGAUGGCAGAGCUUGAAAAACACUAUGCAGCAUCGACGAGUACGAGUACCAAAUCCACGCAAUAA